CUGUUAUUGUCUAGGUCAUUUUCCGCAGCUGGUCAUACGUUGCUAGUCUACGACUAUCUCCUGACCUUCCGAGAUGAAUUCGUUUACAUCUGGGACGCCCCCUGGACGAUUGUUAAAGCCUUGUUUCUUUUCAACCGGUAUGGAAACCUUAUCGGACAGACUGUCAUCCGGCUGGAAGAGGCUGGUCUCCUCGCACAUAGUUCUCAGAAGUUCUGUCAAGGCUUCGCAGUUUUCACCACUUGCUUUAUGUUCUUAUCUACCGAGUCGAUCCACAUCCUUGUGCUUGUGCGUGCAUGGGCUAUCUGGGGAACUCGGAAGCGCGUGACGAACAUCCUCGCCUGGAGCUACGUGGGCUACGUCGUUACGAUGUUGGCCAGCUCAGCGUAUAGUGUACGCGCCGGAGAUGGUGAGUCACUUCACUCCGUUUUUAUUUUAUUUGUAAAAAUGGUUGCGCUCCUGUAG